ACCCAGUGCACUGGGUACAGUAGUCUGGAUCAAGCACUUGAUGGGAGGGGGGAGGGAAAUCAACUCCUUUCAAUCAUCAAGAAUUAAGGCCUACUUAUCACAAUGCAUUGUCUGAAAGCUCUGAGGACAGCCAACUUCCAACUAUUUAAAAAUGCCGGACUCACCACCAGAGUUGGAGCUGACAGCAGUAUUUUGUCCAAGACGCAGCAAGCUGUUUUUCUGCCCUGUCGGGUCACGGCAUCACCGCACACCCACAGAGCCCUUCAUCAGCACACCGGUCCUGAUGUGGACCCAGGACAUACCAAGUUGAUGUCCAGUAUGGAGGACCUUCUUUUCUACACCAUCACCGACGGUAGGGAGAUGAUCCCCCUGUCGCAGUUCAUAUCAGCUUUGCGAAAAACAGGUCUGUGGACCUCUGACCCUCGACUACGUGACUGCAUGCGUCAGAUUCGCAAGUUCACACUUGACUCCCUGGAACCAGCCAUGAUGGACAAAACGUUCUUUAGAAGGUGUGUGGGUAACAACAUUAUGCUGCUGACUAAGGCUUUCCGAAAAAUGUUCAUCAUCCCAGACUUUCAAGUGUUCACUCAGAAGAUCAAUGAAAUGUAUGACAGUGCACAGCGUCAAGAUGGAGGACAAGUCGCUAAUUAUAUUCCUCAACUUGCAAAAUUCAGCCCUGACCUUUGGGGAGCAUCUCUGUGUACCAUCGAUGGACAAAGGCACUCAGUGGGUGACACCAAGGUUCCCUUCUGUCUACAGUCGUGUGUCAAGCCACUGGAGUAUGCCAUUGCUGUACAUGAACUGGGCAGCGAACACGUCCACCGGUUUGUGGGCAAAGAGCCCAGUGGAUUCGGGUUCAACAAACUGUCGCUGAAUAAGGAGGAUAGACCACACAAUCCAAUGGUGAAUGCUGGAGCUAUCGUUAUCAGUUCUUUAAUAAAGCCUGAUUCCAAGACAGCAGAGAGAUUCGACUAUGUAAUGGACUUUUUGAAGCGUACAGCGGGAUCAGAGUAUGUUGGCUUCAGCAAUGCAACGUUCCAAUCAGAACGGGUGACGGGCGAUCGGAAUUAUGCAAUUGGUUAUUACCUCAAGGAAAAAAAGUGCUUUCCCGAGAACGCUGACAUGAUUGAUGCCCUCGACUUCUACUUUCAGCUGUGCUCCAUCGAGAUGACGUGCGAGUCGGGCAGCGUCAUGGCGGCCACGCUGGCCAACGGCGGCAUUUGUCCAAUCACUGGCGAGCGCGUGCUGAGUACAGAUGCGGUUCGGAACACGCUGAGUCUCAUGCAUUCCUGCGGGAUGUACGACUUCUCCGGACAGUUUGCCUUCCAUGUGGGCUUGCCCGCUAAAUCUGGGGUUUCGGGUGCCGUGCUCCUGGUGGUCCCCAAUGUCAUGGGUAUGAUGUGUUGGUCUCCCUCGUUGGAUCGUCUGGGGAACAGCGUGCGAGGCAUUCAUUUCUGCCAGGAGCUAGUGUCUUAUUUUAACUUCCACAAUUACGACAACCUGAGACAUUUCACCAAGAAGCACGACCCCAGAAAAGGCUUAGGUGACGAGCCGAACCAGUCCAUUGUAAACUUGAUGUUUGCGGCCUACAGCGGCGAUGUCUCUGCUCUAAGGAGGUUUGCUCUUUCUACUUUGGACAUGAAUCAGAGAGACUACGACUCUCGAACAGCGCUCCACGUUGCUGCCUCAGAAGGUCACAUAGAAGCUGUGAUCUUCCUCACUGAUGAAUGUAAAGUGAAUCCUUACAUCAAAGACAGAUGGGGGAACACACCUCUGGAUGACGCCAGGCAGUUUGAUCAUCACGUCAUCGCCACCAUUCUGCAGCAGUACCAGCUUGCGUACAGUGGCGGGGAGUCGGCCAGCUUCAAGGAGGAGCGGAAGACCACCAUGGACACACUGAACAUCAUCAACUGAGGGACCAGACCAG